CAAAAUGUUCUGAGUAGUAUUGUGUGCCGCGAGAUCCACUUGUAACAUUUUUUCAAUCAGAUUCCAGAGCAGCUGGGGACAAAUCCCGUGUGAAUAUUCAGCGUGUCAGCUGUGACAACCAAAUCUUACAUUUGUUCCAUUUUAAUAUUCGAUGUUCCAGACAUUUUGCCAGCGAUUUUUUGACAGCAAUAUUCUGACAAAUUUCGUAGAAUUAAAUUGCAAUUGUGCAAGUGCACUCUUAUAUAAUGCAACACAAGGACGUGCAGCAAAACGCUCGGAAAUGUGAAUAUUUUUCUGCCUAAUUCCUUUGUUCGUCGUUUAAUCUCAGAUUACGUUGAACACACUCAGUUCUUUUGAAUCAAACCAUCAACGUCGAAGGAAUUGCACCAGUGCGGCGAUCAAUUUUGCAACACUACGAAGCUGGAAGUUACACGCAUUAGAAGUCCCUGUGCCAUUCUUGAACCACUUCAGCCACGAUGUUAUUUGAGACCAAGACGCAUACACCAGACUCAGGUCACGUAUCCAGGUUUUGACCUACUGACACGAUCCAGUGACGUCACGGGAGAGCAGGAGGACGGAAAAAGGGAGCAAGGCUGGAGUAGGUGGAGCUUCAGCUUGACGAAGGAAAUUUCCUCGGUGGAGUGAUAAGGAUAAUGCAGAAACAAAGGAUACUAAUGGUACCUAUAAAAAUUUUUCCGCGUAAGCAAAGCCACCGAGUUCGCCGCGAUCUCUUCCCCAAGGAGACCGACGGGAAGCUUAAAACCGAAAGAUGUGAUAGAUCAUCGCGACGGAGUCUCCAUCGCCAAGAACCGUCGGGGUCGAUGACAGCUUCCUGGUUAGGACCACACCGUUGUUCAAGCAUCCUUAUUCGUUUCGAUAACCGGCAACAACCCUGUACGCGUCGUCGGACUGUCAUCACGACACAACGAACAAAUGUGAGAGUCACUGCAUCAGCAGUGAAUGCGAAUCUUUGGGGUGGAGGUUGAAGAGAUACGUCAGGUGGAGGAUUUAAACCAAUUCUAGACAUCAAAAUUCCAUUGCCAGAUUCUUUUGCGAAUCAACGUUUACGGCAAUUCUAUGUUUCGGAUAGUCGACCCACCCCCCAAUUUCAGGCAGAACGCCAGCGAGUGGAUCUAUAAGAUGUUAUUUCUCUGGUCGAGAGAGCCAACUCCGGAUCCCAGAGCUGGUCCAUGGUUCGCCUGGUUUGCAACGGCUGUUCUGUUGUGGCGUUGCCGACGACGCAUCACUAGAGCGAUUCUGGCAAUCUCGCCGCUGAGAUUGCUAAGGAGACGUACUGCCGGCCUAGCAAUCAAUCAGAAAAUGAUUCUAAAGCAGCAGAAGAGACACAGCCUGGCCCAGCUGCACAAGCACAAGGCUGUCGGUAUACGGCGAGCAAAGCGAUUGUGUACCGGCGACGGUCCGCAUGUGUCCGGCAGUAUGUCCAUGAUACAAGCCGGACCACAGAUCCACUACAGGGUCACUAGGAGCGGUAGAAUCUACGGAAAAUACCCGAAUAAGACCGCGAUUCCAAGCGGCAGCAUUGAAGAAAAUCAUUGACAUCACGUUAAAAUGAUGAAACUCUCAGCUACUGUCUUUGUCCCUCUGUAUAAAUCUCGUUGAUCGUCAUUGUCGUCGUGUCGUCGACAUAAUUUCAUGCCCUUUGAAAAGAAACAAUCAUUCAAAUAUAUAAUACACUUUUAAUCUUCUUUUCAGUAUACAUUUCUUUCUUGAAAAAUGUGUUAUGCUUUUAAAUGUUAUCUCUACAAAAGAAUCUAGAAAUGUGCAUUGCGAUAAUGUUUCCGCACCUUUUGAAAACUGAAUGGUUCUGGUAGAAUUUACCAAUUUACUAUUUCGCACGUAUUCCGCGAGAUUUCGAAACAAUACCAAAGUGCACUUGGUUUAAUCAUCCGCUGUUUUUGUAACGCAGGAAUUAUAUGAUGUAAGUAUACAUUUUGUACGAAAUUAAAUAAUUGCGAUAUCUCGUCCAAUACGUGCCCUGAGUAAUUUCCUCGAUAUUCAAAGAAAUCUCUAUAAAAAAAAUCUUAUUUGUCCGUUUUGCGUCCUUGACAUAAUCUGCA